AGGAUGUUAGAACUUUUUUUUAUUGUUGUUGUAUUUGUUGUGGGUAUUUUUUUGUUAAUCAAUCGUAAGAAAUAUGAAGUGGUCGGAUACGUUUCAAGCAUACGAACACAUCCUUUAAAAUCAGCUAAACCAAUAGAACUUCAGCAUGCGGUUAUUAGCGACCUUGGAAUUGAGUUUGAUAGGCAGUUUGUUCUUCUUAAUGAGCAUGGUACAGUAAUGACAUUACGUAAGUUUCCCACAUUUGUCUUGAUAAGUCAAAAGAUUACUGCUGAUGGGAUUAUUCUUGAAGCCGAUGGUCAUGAAAAACUUUUACUACCUUUAAAAAUGCUAAAAGCUGAUGGAGAUCAUGUUGCUGAUAUCAAGGUUUUUGGACUUUCAGCUGAAGGGGUUCAUGUUUCUGAGGAUGCUGAUUUGUGGUUUCAGAAAUAUUUUAAACACAAUGGUUGCAAACUGUAUUGUUUUCCAAAAGAUGGUCGACCUCGCUUCACUCAAGAAAAAAGUAUAAAAAGGAAAAAGUUUGCUGAUGAUCAAGAUAUGUUAAUGUUUGCAGAUGGUUGUCCUCUUCUAGUUUUGUCUGAAUCUACAGUAGAAAAGCUAAAUGAAAACCUAUCACAAUCAGUUACUAUAAAUAACUUUCGACCAAACAUUGUUAUCACAGGAUGCAAACCAGAAAGCGAAUAUGAUUGGCACUUGCUUAAAAUAGGGAGUAGCAUAAUAAAAGCAUUAUACCCUUGUGUAAGAUGUGUUGCAACUACUGUGGAUCCAUUUUCUGGAUGUUUAGACUCUGAUGGAGAACCAUUAAAAACAAUACAAAGAGUUUGCGCCGCCUCAAAAGAAAAAUUUCCGGAUUUUGCAGGGAAACCCAUAUUUGGUUUUAAUUAUGGCGUUAAGAAAAAUGGAACUAUAAAAGUAGGCGAUCCCGUAUACAGGAUUUCCUAGAUUUUCUGCGCUUUAAGGCGGCUCGUAAAAAAAAAAUUAAUACUUUUUUUGUAUUUGGAUGAUUUUUGUGCAAAUGUUUAUUUAAAAAAAUUUUUUUUAGAUCUAGUUCAGUUUUUUUUGUUUUUUAAAAAACAAAAUCUUUUAAUAUGUAUUUUAAAGACGUACUAAUGACCAAAAAAUCGGUUAGCAAGUUCCAUAUUAAACUUAUUUAUAUGACCUUUUUGUAAAUAUGAAUUUUUA